AGAGGGAUAGAGAAGGAGAGAGCAAGAAAUCUGACUGUGAGUGUAGAAAGUGCAAACAAAACAAAUAGACCUCUUGAGGUUAUGUCGCAAAUAUGGCGCUCGUCAUCUCCUGAGAUCAGGGACUCAGUAUCGACGACCUCGACGACGCGACCGAAUCCGCCAGCGGGUCAUCGUCGGCGGGUCCGAAAUGCCGUCCAGAUCGCUGUCAACGUCGCGCGCGCGAUUCGGUUAGUGACAGAGAGCAAGAGAGACGGAAAGAGAGAGAAAGAGAGAGAGUCGACACGCGGAGAAGCCUGUAACAUAAAGCGCGACGCGAUGAGAUCCGUGUACAAGUUAUUCCUGCUGUGCCUUAUCCUGGCCGCGCUGAUAAUACUGCUCAACGUGACGACCAAUUUCUCCAACAAGCUGUACGACCAGACGCCCGCGAGCAGAGAGCGCCUGACGCUGCAGCAGAGGAAGGCACCAGCAUCGUCGUCGACGAGCGAGGUGACGAUAUGCGUGGUGGUCUGCGGGGAUAGGCUGCACGAGGCCCUGACCAUGCUCAAGUCGGCGCUGGUCUUCGCCAACAGGCCGCUGCAGUUCGUGAUCCUGGCGGACAACAAUCUGAUACCAGCCUUCAGCGAGAAGCUGUCGGAAUGGAGACUCAUAUCGAAUAAGACGUUCGACUUCCUGGUGCGACCCAUCACCUUCCCGGAUGGGAGCGACGUGGCGAUGUGGAAGAAGCUGUUCAAGCCCUGCGCGGCUCAGCGACUGUUUCUACCGACGGUGCUGAACGACACAGACGCGGUACUCUAUGUCGAUACAGAUACUCUAUUUCUGGCACCACCUGAUAAGGUCUGGGACGAGUUCAAAAAAAUGAAUUCUAGCCAACUAGCAGCUCUCAGUCCCGAGCACGAGGAUCCCAACACUGGCUGGUAUAACAGGUUCGCCAAGCAUCCUUACUACGGCAAGCUAGGCGUCAAUUCUGGGGUGAUGCUGAUGAACCUGACGAGAAUGCGAGAGUUUCGAUGGACCGAUCAUGUGAUUCCUAUACACAAGGAAUACAAACUGAAGAUUACCUGGGGCGAUCAGGACAUUAUCAACAUAAUAUUUCAUCAUCAUCCGGAGAAGCUGUACGUGUACUCGUGCCGGUAUAACUACAGGCCUGACCACUGCAUGUACAUGUCAGUGUGCGCCGAGGCGGAGAAGGACGGUGCCCUGGUGCUACACGGUUCUCGUGGCACUUUUCAUUCGCCGAAGCAACCGCCCUUCAGGGCCGUCUACAGGGCCAUGCAAGAGUAUCCGCUGAACGCGGAUCCAUACGACGAGCUACUCGUGCCCAUGAGAAAUUACCUGGCGGCGGAGAACAAGUCCAACUGCGGUCGAGUCUCGAAGGUGUUCAUCACGCAACCGGAGCUGCACUUAGCUGCCCAUAAUUUUUGAAACUUUCAUUCAAUUUUUAUACAUGCUCGUGCGAGCCACUUUGACUUUGUAUCGUUUGAAAUCUUUAUAGAUGCGUUCAUUUAAUGACACGAGUAUUAUAUACAAGUAUUAUAUAUCAAAGCGGGAUUAUUCGAAGAGUAUUCGUACAUAUCUAUGCAGCCAUUUUUGGCCACGUAAUAUAAUAUUGUCCACACAUUUUCCUUCCGGAAUCUCUCUUAGUGAGAUCGUAAAAUACUUAAUUAUAUAUAAAUAUAUGUAUACAAGUAUACUUACGCGUCUUUAUACACGCAAGCUAAUACAUUUAAUUAUUCGAAAAGAAGAGAUUUUUAAACGAUGAGCUAUUAUGAUGUAUAAGCAUCCUGCUUUAUUAUUACGUAAGAAUAAGCAGUGUAUGUAAAUUACGUCAAUUAACGUAUCCGGUUAUCUAUGUACAGUUUUGCCGUGAAAUCACGUUGAUUUAUGGACAAUAUAUUUGCAAUAUGUUUGUUAAGUCAGAUUCAGGGAAUCUGUAAACUUGCGGGCGCGAUUCGCAAAUUAAAAAAUGUAAUUCGCGCGUUAAUAUUCCAGACGACUCUCCGUAUAUUAUAGACUGAACUUUUUCUAUGUAUAUAGUGCAUUUGAGUUUUUUUUGUUAACAAGUGCGCUAUGUUGUUACUGUUUGUAAGGACGACGGUGCGGCGAAUAUAUUGUUAUACCUUCUGAUAUUUUUUGCGACAAUACUUGACCGGGAAGAGAAAGAUGAUCAGAGCCUAUCUUUGAAUUACUUAAAUGAGUUUUUGUCUCUUAUGAAAUUGUUGUUAAUAUUUGAUAUGCUAUUAUCUCUCGAUAUUCAACUUUUUUAGAGGCUUUUGAGAUAUUAAUAAUGAAAAAAAUGUCUCUUUCUUUUUUCUUUUCUAUGAAAAUUGAGAGAAAAAUAUCAAAAAUACUCAUUAAAAAUAUUGACUUUGCUCCUACAUGAUUAUUAUACAAGUGAUUUCAAGAGAUUGGCUCUGAUCGAUGCAGGGUUAUUUUAAAACUGAAAAUAUCGAUAAAAUCGAAAUAAUACAUUUCAUGUUUGUGCAAAAUAUUUAUACCAUUUUUAAAAUAAGCCUCACUUUUUGACACAACGAUAAUUGAUUACAAAUCUGAGUAUAAAUUGUAAUGUAAUGUUUAUAUGAAUUACAUUUUGGCAAGUGUUCACAUUUUUAUACACGUUUUCUCGCAAUUUUGAUACGCAUUUUGUAUCGUUUGAUUGUUCAACGAUUCGAUGUCAUUUGUGAUACUUUUUCUUAUAUAAGAGUAUUGUACAAUAAUGAAGCUUAAAUAAAAAUCUGUCUACAUAAUACACAUACACAAAAA